UACGUAAUAGGAUAAAACGAACAAUAUUUGUUAGCGGUGGAUGAAUGGUACUAGAACAGGGAAGUGACCUUCCUAGAGAAGCAAAGGGAGAAGAACCCCACAAAGGGGAUGGCCCUUAAAAACACGGAUUGUUGUGUUUGGUGGGAAUGGCUUUAAUUGGCGAUUAGAAUGUCCAGAAAAGCUUAGAAAAAGACACAAAUAUGAUCAAAUUCUGCCAGAAAACAUUGACCUCCGUCAACACCGCUGAGCACGUCCGGCCAAAGGUAACGAUUUCUGGCAUCUCUCCACGUGGAGUUUACCAUCGAGCUGGUUGCAGUGGGGUUGCCGACUUGUCGUUUUAAUUGAAAAAUAAUAAAAGCCAAAAUCACGAAGUUUAAGUUUUUAUCAUCGAACGUAUAAAAAGGUAAUUUUUUUUUUUAAUGCUCUAAUCUCCGUGGGUUACAUUGUCAAAUUUCGAUAUAAAUUUGACCCACGUUGCAUUGCUAGUUGGAAAGUGUGAGAUAUAUGAAUGGACGGCAUGCACUUCUAAGUAGACCCAUUUGGCGAGCACAGAAGCUGUAUAGAAAGAGACUUCUUUCCUUCUUCUUCUUCUUGUUCUUCUUCUUCUUCUUCUUCUUCUUCUUUCGAUCUAUCUAUCAGUUGCAGAAUUCAUUCAGAUGGGGAAUUGCCAGGCGGUUGAUGCGGCGGCUCUGGUUAUACAGCAUCCAACUGGCCGGAUUGAGAGGCUGUAUUGGCCGGUGGUGGCGAGUGAAGUCAUGAGGACUAAUCCGGGUCACUAUGUUUCUCUUAUAAUUCCCUUGCCCCAAUCUGAGGAAGAUAAUCGGGAGCCUAAAACGGUGCGGUUUACUCGUGUCAAGCUUCUCCGGCCAAAUGACACUCUUGCUCUUGGCCAUGCCUAUCGGCUUGUCACUACUCAGGAGGUUAUAAAGGUGUUGCGAGCUAAAAAGUAUGCAAAAUCCAAGAAGCAAUUGCCGGAGUCGGAGAGGAAGCCGGAGAAGCCGGCUGCCGGAGAUGAGACUGAAAAUAGCCAGCAGGUAGUUAAACAUGAAAGACAUCGCAUCAGAACACCAGCAGCAAACGCCACUGCAGCGAGGCCAAAGGCUUGGAGACCAUCAUUGCAGAGCAUUUCUGAAGCUGCCAGCUGAUUUUAUGUUCAACCCUUUUUUCUUAAUCAUGACAAGCAAGUGUGGUUCAUACGACAGAAUAGUGGAGCUUGAUUUAAGAUGCUCAUUGUGGAAAGUUAGAAGAUUCAUAUAGAGCAUGAAAAUGGGCAUCCAAAGUUCCAAUUCAGUGUAAAACCACAGCCCCAGAAUGAUUCAUGUAUUGAGAGAAAUAAGUCAUUUGUAUAGCAACAAAGAUAUCAAUGAAAUUGACACUGUAUUGGAGUA